UCCAAGAGGACAGAAUUCAAGAGUCGAAAUAGAUACGGGGAUGUUAGCCCAUAUGACUACAGCAGAGUUAGAUUAAAACAAGACAACAUUGAUUACAUUAAUGCAAGUCUUGUGAAAGCUGAGGAAGCAAACAGAGCUUACAUUCUUACUCAGGGACCACUGCCAGAUACAUCAGGUCACUUUUGGUUGAUGGUAUGGGAGCAAGGCAGUAGUGCCAUACUGAUGCUAAACAGGAUCAUUGAGAAGGAUCAUAUAAAAUGCCACAAAUACUUUCCCUCUAGAGAGAGCAGGUACGAUGAAGAGAUGACCUUCAAAGAUGUCGGACUCAAGGUCAAGUUCAUUGACGAACUGGAGUCCAAUAAAGACUUUGUCAUUAGGCUCUUUGAAUUGCAGAAACUCAAGGCUAACGACGCAAAAAACACUCGACAAAUUCUCCAAUUCCACUACAUGUCGUGGCCUGAUUUUGGAGUACCCGACACGCCAACAGACUUCUUAAACUUCCUCUACACAGUUCGAAAGUACGCAGCCCUUGACGACCCCAGCCGUCCGCCAGUUAUACAUUGUUCUGCUGGCAUCGGCCGGUCUGGGACUUUUUGUCUCGUCGACACUUGUCUUGUUCUGUAUGGUACACUGGACAACAUAAAUGUGUUGGGGAAGCUGAUGGAGAUGCGCAAAUAUAGGAUGGGCCUCAUACAGACACACGACCAGCUGAGAUUUUCAUUCAUAGCCAUCGUGAAGGGGGCCAGUAGGUUAAAGUUAGACGAUAGC